CCUACAGGUUCAACGCCAUUCAAGUCUCACUCUUGCUUGUCUGUGACUCUGUGGAGAGUCAAGCGGGGAAGAAACCAAAGAUUUUCCCAUUUAGCUUCGAAAUUGGGUAAAUAAAAGAGAGCAACUUCGAAUUCUUCAAUUUUCCAAUUUCUCUUCAUUUCAUGGCUAUUUAACUGGAAUUUAUCCUUCGAUUCUUGAUGCUUCAGGGGGAUCAUAUUCGAGUUAUUGAUGAAGGCAUCAACCUUUUCAGAGAAACCUGAGGGCUAUGGAAUAUAAUUUCGUGCAUCAUGGAAUAUUUGAUAGGCAUUGCUGAAACAUUAGUUCAGAUGUUUUUGGCAGUGUAUAGGACGCAGAUUUGUGUAUGCAGAAUAUGAGGAUUUUGUUCUUUGGUCUGCUUUUUUCCCAGUGCCUUUUUGAGGUGUAAUUGGUGAUAGGCUUGAAUUUGGUGGGCCUACCCUGCUGAGGUCAUGAAAAUUAUUUGUAGUAGGAUUUAGGGUUUAGAAGUCCCAUAUUUGGCUGAGGAAAUAGACACAAAUAUACUGGAUUCACUAUAGCAAUGGCUAGCGUAGCUCUUAGUCUUUUGCAUGAAGGGCCUUUAGAUAUCCAUGGAAGCUUUAUCAGACAGAAUGGUCCACGCUUAAAUGACCCAAUCUUGAUUUUGCUAUCUGUUGCGGGGUCUAUGAUUCCCAUGCGUAUUAUGGAGUCGGAUUCUAUUGCUUCUGUGAAGUUGAGGAUUCAGGCUUCCAAAGGUUUUUUUGAGAAGAAGCAAACAUUGGUUUUUGAAGGUAGGGAACUGGCACGGAACAAUUCUUGUGUGAAGGACUAUGGCAUUGCCAAUGGGAAUGUGUUGUAUUUGGUGCUCAGGCUUUCAGAUCUCCAAGCUAUAACAGUUUGGACUGUUUGUGGGAAAGAGUUUGAGUUUCAAGUUGAAAGGGGCAGAAAUGUAGGUUAUGUAAAGCAACAGAUUGCUAGGAAGGGGAAAGGGUUUGAUCUCAUUGACCAGGAAUUGAUAUUUGAUGGCGAGGAGCUAGAAGACCAAAGGCUUAUUAAUGAUAUCUGCAAGAAUAAUGAUGCUGCAAUUCACUUGCUCAUUCGAAAAUCUGCCAAAGUAAGGGCCAAACCUGUUGAGAAAGAUUUGGAAUUAUCUAUUGAAGCAUUAGAUUUGACUGAGAAGGGGGAUGGUGUAUUAGGAAAGCAUCAAAGCAGGGCAUUAUCUGUGGCACAUAGGGUUAUAGAGGGGAAACAGUUACUUAGAGGUUUCAUUUUGGAGCCUCUAAUUAUUAAUUCCAAAAUUGAACUGCCUCAAAUAAUCAAAGAGUUGAUCAAUUCUACAUUCAAUGGGUUAGAGGAGGGCAAUGAACCAAUUCGAUCAUUUGAGGGAUCUGGAGGAGCAUAUUUCAUGCAAGAUUCAUCUGGUCAGAAAUAUGUUUCUAUUUUUAAGCCAAUUGAUGAGGAGCCAAUGGCUGUGAAUAACCCUCAGGGGCUACCGUUGUCAGUGAAUGGUGAAGGUUUGAAGAAAGGCACACGAGUAGGAGGGGGAGCAUUGCGGGAAGUUGCAGCUUACAUAUUGGAUCAUCCAAAGAGUGGGCCACGCUUAUUUUUGGAUGAUCAGAAGGGUUUUGCUGGUGUUCCACCCACAGUAAUGAUCAAGUGCUUGCACAAAGGUUUCAACCAUCCAGGAGGUUAUGAAUGUGCUACAAAGAAUAUAAAGAUUGGUUCAUUACAGAUGUUUGUGGAAAAUGAUGGAAGUUGUGAGGAUAUGGGCCCUCGUGCUUUCCCUGUGGAUGAGGUACACAAAAUCUCAGUCUUGGAUAUAAGGUUGGCAAAUGCUGAUAGGCAUGCUGGGAAUAUACUGGUAAGCAAAGAUGGUGAGAAAGGGCGAAAUGUGCUCAUUCCAAUUGAUCAUGGUUACUGCUUGCCUGAUAAUUUUGAAGACUGCACUUUUGACUGGCUUUACUGGCCUCAAGCUCAGGAACCUUAUUCACCUGACACUGUUGACUAUAUCAAAGCACUUGAUGCUGAGCAUGAUAUAGCACUUGUGAAGUUUCAUGGAUGGGACAUGCCGCUUGAGUGUGCUCGCACCCUUCGCAUUUCUACUAUGCUUCUGAAGAAAGGAGUAGAGAGAGGACUUACUCCCUUUGCCAUUGGAAGCAUAAUGUGUAGGGAAACAGUUAAGAAGGAAUCUGUGAUUGAGCAGAUUGUUCAAGAAGCCCGGGAUGCUGUGCUCACGGGAAGUAGCGAAGCUGCAUUUCUUGAAGCUGUAUCAUCAAUUAUGGAUCGCCAUCUUGAUGAGCUAUCCCAGUAAGCCUCCAGUAAAAUUCUGUAGAUAUAUAAUAUGUGUGGAAUUGUCGUCAUGCUCGUGUAUGGUUUAUAGAAGAUAACAUAUUGUAUUCGUGUUUUGAUGGUAUUGCUAUUGGGUUCUGUGCAAUCUUGAUUGGUGUUUGGAACUUGUAAUCCCAUCAACGGACUCAUCUUGUUGAUGCAUCUGAACUUGUCUGUCCUUUCCUCUUUUACAUGGAAAUGGCAUUUUAAGGAGUGAGUGAAGGAAGUUGUAAUGUGGAUGUUCUCGUGAUGUUAGUUGUGGUACUUGUGUUGACAAUGAUACAGACGUGUAUUUUUUCAUCUAAA